GCGUGGCGAGUUGCAUUGAACGUCGAAGGGCACGCCAAGCCCGGCCUGUAUCAAGAGUUGCAAAAUUCGGACAACGAGUGGAUCCACUUGAUUGAGAUCGACGUGCCACGAACAUUUCCAGAGAAUCCGGCUUUUGACGAAGCACAGCAGCGGUGCCUCUUGCGCAUCCUCAAGGCUUAUGCCAACCUCUGUGCCGAUGUCGGCUACUGCCAGGGCAUGAACUUCGUGGCGGGGUUGCUUUUCCUGGUGGCGCAAGGCGGCGAAUUCUCGGAGCCGACGCCGGAGACGGAAGAAGAGACGUUUUGGAUGUUCUUCUGCUUGAUGGAGUUUGGCCAGCUGAACGGGUUUUAUCGUCGCAGCUUCCCCCUGCUGAAGCGGUACCUUUGGGCAUUUGACGAGCUGAUUGCCAUUGCCCUCCCAGAGUUGCAAGAGCAUUUCAGGAAGGAGAACCUGCAGCACUCCGUCUAUCUGCACCAGUGGUUCUUGACCCUCUUUGUGAGCAGCCUACCGCUACCCGUGGUUCUGGUGCUUUGGGACGCUAUCGUCUGUGGAGGUCUCCCGGAGAUCUUGCCGAUAUCCAUCGCCGUGCUGCAGUUGCUACAGCAGACGCUUCUCACGAUGAAGUUUGAAGACAUUGCAAGCUUCUUCAAAAUGCUCAAGAGCCGUGAGCAUGAAGAUUGUGACUUUGAGAGCAUCGGCCGCAUUGCUGCUAUCAGCAGCGCUCAUUUCUGCAUCCCAAAGCACGUCGCGGAGGUCCUGCGUAGGCCCAUCCCACUGACCUCCGACCACCUGAUGGAGCGCUCUCCGCAGUCGCCCACGAAGCGCAUGUUGGACUCCGACGAAGACAUGACGACAACAGCCAACACGACUACAGUCAAUUCGCCGUGCAGCACAG